AUGAUUUACUCAGUACCCGGCAGCCUAAUCGUCUUUUUCCUGGCGGUAUACACCUUCCGGGUCUUCCUGUCGCGGCACGAACCGCCCCUUGCACCGCUCCCACCUGGUCCCAAACCCUGGCCUAUUAUUGGGAAUCUCAUUGACCUUCCAAGACCACCCACACUGGCAUACGAGCAUUUUGCCAAGUUCAAGAAUCUUUACGGUCCCAUCAGCUCUAUUACUAUAUUUAGCCAGACAUUUAUUGUCCUCAACAGCCACCGACUAGCAGUCGAACUCCUAGGAAAGCGCUCUGCAAAGUACUCAUCCCGUCCACAUCUCGAGUUUGCGAAGGAACUAGUAGGAUGGAAAUCCUUCCUUUUAUUCUUACCCCACAAUGACGCCUUUCGCGCCCAGCGCAAAGCAAUCAGCCGCGAGAUCGGCUCCAAAGCAGCAGUUGGGAGAUUCAAUAAUAUUCAGAAUGUGGAAGUCGGGCGGUUCUUGCUUCGCGCACUGAAAGACCCAGAUGGUCUUCUCCAUCAUUUCCGCAAGCAGGCUGCUGGCCUUAUACUAAGGUUAGGCUACGGUUAUAUUAUUGAACCACAUGAAGAUGAUCCUUUGGUGGACCUUGCGGAUACCACUCUAGAGCAGUUCUCUCUUACCACACUACCAGUGAAAUAUCUUCCCGCCUGGUUUCCUGGUGCCGAGUUCAAGAAAACUGCAAAGGUCUGGAGAGAGUCAUUAACCGCCUUUUUAAACAAGCCAUAUAAGUUUGUGAAACGACAGAUGAAUGAAAUGAACUAUGAGCCUUCCUUUACCUCUAAUCUACUAAGAUCAGGACAUGUCGAGCCUGGAUCAGAGGAGGAGUCUGUUAUCAAAUGGAGUGCCGCGGGGCUGUAUGCUGGGGGAGCUGAAACAACAUUAUCCACGAUGUCAUAUUUAUUUCUUGCCAUGAUUCUGUAUCCUGAGGCUCAAGAGAAGGCCCAGGAGGAAAUUGAUCGCGUAGUUGGAACCCAUCGACUGCCUCGGUUCGAAGAUCGGGAUAAACUCCCCUAUAUUAAUGCAUUGGUCAAGGAGAUCCUCCGCUGGCACCCAGUUGGAGCGAUUGGUUUCCCGCACCAGGUCACUGAGGAUGACAUAUGUGAAGGUUACUUUAUCCCAAAGGGAGCACAGGUAUUACCAAUUGUUUGGUAUAUCUCAACAUGCCUCUACGAAAUAAUCUCUAACAUGCGCAGGAGCUUCACGCACGACCCGGAUCUAUAUCACGAUCCAAUGGUCUUCAAACCGGAACGCUUCCUGGCCCGUGAGAAUUACACCCCUGAGACCAACCCGGAAGCCUUCGUCUUCGGCUUUGGGCGCCGCAUUUGCCCAGGUCGUAUUCUAGCAGACUCGAGCCUCUAUCUUGUAAUUGCUAACUUCUUGGCUGUUUUUAAUAUCUCCCACCAAAUUAAAGAUGGCCAAAAAGUGCCUGUUCGAUGGGAAACUCGGCCUGGUAUAGUUAGCCACCCAGUUCCAUUUAACUUCAGCCUUAAACCGCGUAGUGCGACACAUGAAGAGCUUGUACGCACGUUUGAGAAAGAGCACCCGUGGGAAAGUGGACAUGCUAAGUAUCUUUAG